AUGAGCAUCGACAGCAAACAGCUAGGCGACAGUGACGCAUCGACGGCGUCCACCGCUGAGUGUGCGGCCAAGCGCGCCGAGGUGCAACGACUGAGGGAGCAUCUGGACAAGAUUCAGGCCGGGGAAGACGACGAAGAUGCGCUGCUGCUGCUGGCGCUCGCUCAACCCGUGGGCACGACUGACCCGCUCUCGUGUUUCUGCUGCUGUAAGUUCCAGCGUGUCGGACAUAGCUACAUCCUCCAUGAACGACGUGUAGUCUCUGCUGAUGGUAUCGUGAAGACCAAGCUGGUGAUUGUAGGCCCGCAUUGGAUCGGAGUGUUGGUCACGUUGGUAAUUAUCGUGGUGUCUACGGGCUUGUUCCUCUCUCAACAUGUGAAGACUAUGGCGUGGUAUAACACGCUGAUCACGCUGGGACUCUGCAGCGUGACGCUGUACUAUCUGUUCCAGACAACAUGCACAGAUCCGGGUAUUAUUCAGUGA